AUGGUGCUAGCGGCUGCAGACGAGCUCGACGUAGCCCAGAAAGGCAGCCAGCGUGAAGAGAGGCCUUUCAGUCCUCUCCCUGUCUCCUCCUCGUCUCCCUCCACACUCCCUCCUCUCCCUGUCUCCUCCUCGUCUCCCUCCACACUCAGUCCUCUCCCUGUCUCCUCCUCAUCUCUCACUCCACACUCCCUCCUCUCCCUGUCUCCUCCUCGUCUCCCUCCACACUCAGUCCUCUCCCUGUCUCCUCCUCGUCUCACUCCACACUCAGUCCUCUCCCUGUCUCCUCCUCGUCUCCCUCCACACUCCCUCCUCUCCCUGUCUCCUCCUCGUCUCCCUCCACACUCCCUCCUCUCCCUGUCUCCUCCUCAUCUCUCACUCCUGUCUCCGCGGUGA